CUAUUGUUUUGACACCCAACACAUCAUUUCAUUUCCUCAACGAUAUGUGUGCUUGCGAGAAAACUCCAAACGGAGACAUCAAACUUAAACUAAAAAAAUCGUUAUUGGAAUUACUAAAUUUGAAACAACAGUUAGAAGCUCAUUUAGUUCUGCUAUAUCUUCAUAUCGAGCUGCUAGAGAUCAAAACACGGUUGAUAGAAAUCAGAGGAAUACCCCAAGAAUAAGUGUGCAAAAUGCCUUUCCCUAAAAUAAAGACUUCGCAGCGGAUUUAUCUUUCUACCAAUAUGAACAACUUUAGAAAUUUCAUCAAUAAGUCAUUGAAGACACACCCCAUAGUAACAAAUUCCCUCAUUUAUGGAACUUUAUGCACAGGAGCCGAAUUUUCACAACAAAUUAUUUCUAAGAAGGUUUUGGCGAAACAUACCCAACCACUGGAUUAUGGAAUCAUUGGUAGAUAUACAAUAUAUGGAACUAGUAUAGGAGGUCCUUUAAUAUCACUGUGGUAUAGAUUUCUAGACAAAAAGUUUCAAGGAACUACUACUAAAAUUAUUGUGCAGAAAUUACUAGUAGACCAAUUCACUUUUACUGCAGCUCUGUUGGUGGUAUUUUACGUGUCCAUGAGUGUUAUGGAAAGGAAAGCUGAUAUAUUUGAAGAGUGUAGAAACAAAUUUGGCCAAACAUUCAAGUCAAGUUGCAUGUUUUGGAUUCCUGCACAAACUAUCAAUUUUAUGUUGAUUCCUCCAAUGUACAGAGUUACAUACAUAGGAUUGUGUUCUUUUGCCUGGAUCAAUAUAUUAUGCUGCUUCAAGAGAAGCCAAUAGAUAUAUACUAUUUUAAAUCAACAUAGUACAAAAAAUGAAUGAACUUUCUAUAUGAAAAAAAAAUGUAUACUUUUA